AUGGAUGAUCCGUUAAGUCGAGCAUUACGCGAAGAAGAAGAAGGAGAUUUGAAUUUCAAUCAAAAUAAUCAGUUACUACCAGCUGAUCCAAUUGAUUCUGAUCUAAAUGAAAAAGACUCGUCAUUAUCAAUAAGUCAUAGUCAUAAUGAAUGGAUACUUCCAUCAACAAAUGAACGUAAAGAAGAAGCUGAAAUAAAUCGUGAACAAACGAAAAUUUUUAUUUGUGAUCCAAAAAAACAUAAAUCAAAUCUUGAUUCAUUUAUAACGUAUUUAAUAACAACACAAACAUUUAAUGAUGGUGUUAAAAUAAAGGAAUUGAAUGUACGUCGACGUUAUAAUGAUUUUGUUUGGUUAAAAAAUUUACUAGAUAUUAAAUAUCCAUAUAAUAUAAUAUCACCAUUACCGUCUAAACAUACAUUUUCAAAUAAAUUACAUGUUGUAGCUGAUGAUGGUGAAUUUAUUCGACGACGUAUGACUGGUUUAGAAAAUUUUCUUCGACGUAUUAUUGAUAAUCCAGUUAUAUCAAUGGAUCCAUAUGUACAAUUAUUUCUAUCAGCUGAUGAUGAUACACUUCAUUCCGCUCAACAACAACCAUCACCAUCGUCACCAUUAACUCCUCAAGUUGCUUCAUCAAAUUCAAAUCCAUUUCGUCAACCUAUGGGUCGUGGUAAACCAAUACCAAGUGAAUUUUCUCGUACAGAAAAUCAAAUUCAAACAUUACAAGAUAAUUUACGUAAACUUGAACGUCUUACACGAAAAAUUGAAUCGGAUCAAGUAGCAGCCAAUAUAGAAGAAGAACAUUUAUUAACAGCAUUUAAACAAUGGUUAGAUGUCGAAAGAAAAUAUGAUGAAAAUGAUUCAUUUGUUGAUAUUAUAUGUAAUGCUCAACAAACAAUUGUUGAUAAUCAAAAUGAUUUAUUACAAUAUACAAAUACAAAAUUUAUUGAACCAAUUAAUGAAUAUGUUUUAUUUACAGGUAUUGUUCAAGAUGUUUUAAAACAUCGAACACAAUUAUCAGAUAAUGUAACAACAAGUGAUAAUGAACAGAUGUUUGAUCAACUUACGAUUGCUAAUGAAACGAUUAAAGCUGAUAUUCAACGAUGGACUGAAUCAAAAGACAAAGAAUUAAAAGAUUUAUUUUAUUCGAUGGCUAAUAAAAAAGUUGAUUUCUAUACUCAAUCAAUUAAUGCCUGGGAACAAGCAGCUGCAAAAUUAACACCAACGAACAAUAAGAGAUGA